GCCUUGGAUCGAAGGUCGUGAUUCCAGCCUGCAAGGAGUUGCUUGGGUGAUUGCCAUAUCUCCUUCCCAAGAGAUGGCGAUGGCCUGGAAGGAGGAGGAAGAGGAGUUGGGGGAGCGUAAUGGAUCCGCCAGGAUUGACAUCAGGAGCGCUACUCCUGCCGACUCCGGCCAUGCCCGGCUGCACCAGCUCGGCUACAAGCAGGAACUCAAGCGUGAUCUCUCAGUGCUGUCCAACUUCGCCUUCUCCUUCUCCAUCAUCUCCGUGCUCACCGGCAUCACUACACUGUACAACACCGGCCUCCGGUUCGGCGGGACGGUCACCAUGACCUACGGCUGGUUCGUGGCGGGGAUCUUCACCAUGUCCGUGGGGCUCUCCAUGGCGGAGAUCUGCUCGUCGUACCCCACGUCCGGCGGCCUCUACUACUGGAGCGCCAGGCUCUCAGGGAAGCAAUGGGCGCCCUUCGCCUCAUGGAUGACCGGCUGGUUCAACAUUGUAGGCCAGUGGGCUGUUACAACCAGUGUAGACUUCUCAUUAGCUCAAUUGCUUCAAGUAAUUAUCCUGCUCAGCACUGGUGGAAACAAUGGAGGAGGAUACUUCGCUUCCAAAUAUGUAGUCAUUGGUUUCCAUGGGGGCAUUCUCUUAGUCCAUGCCAUAAUAAACAGUCUUCCUAUAUCUUGGUUAUCAUUCGUUGGACAGUUAGCUGCUGCAUGGAACGUAAUAGGUGUUUUUGUACUUAUGAUCCUCAUACCUACCGUUGCUACCGAAAGAUCCAGUGCCAGAUUUGUCUUCACUCAUUUCAACACCCAAAAUGAUGCUGGAAUCCACAGCAAACUUUACAUCUUUGUUUUAGGACUUUUGAUGAGCCAAUACACAUUGACAGGAUAUGAUGCAUCUGCUCAUAUGACAGAGGAAACGAAAUCUGCAGACAAGAACGGCCCGAAAGGAAUCAUUAGCUCCAUCGGCAUAUCGAUCAUCGUCGGCUGGGCUUACCUGCUCGGAAUCACAUUUGCAGUCACCAACAUUCCCGACCUCUUGAGCAUUGACAAUGAUGCUGGAGGUUAUGCCAUUGCUGAGGUAUUCUAUCUGGCCUUCAAGAACAGAUAUGGCACGGGCGUUGGGGGAAUCAUUUGCUUGGGAGUUGUGGCCGUCGCCAUAUUUUUCUGUGGCAUGAGCUCAGUGACAAGCAACUCCAGGAUGGCGUACGCCUUCUCGCGAGAUGGAGCGAUGCCUCUGUCCUCGUUUUGGCACCGAGUGAACCGACAAGAGGUCCCCAUCAACGCGGUUUGGCUCUCUGCUUUGGUCUCCUUCUGCAUGGCACUGACGUCUCUGGGAAGCUUGGUGGCGUUCCAAGCGAUGGUGUCGAUCGCCACCAUCGGGCUUUACGUUGCGUACGCGAUGCCAAUCUUCUUCAGGAUCACGCUGGCACGCAACUCCUUCGUUGCGGGGCCCUUCAGCCUCGGUCGAUAUGGCGUGAUGGUGGGUUGGGUUGCUGUUCUUUGGGUAGCGACCAUCACGAUCCUCUUCUCCUUGCCGGUUGCGUACCCCAUCACGAAGGACACUCUCAACUACACCCCGGUGGCGGUCGGCGGCCUGCUCAUCCUCACCGUGGGAUCAUGGCUGCUGAGCGCAAGACACUGGUUCAAGGGGCCCAUCACAAACAUCAACACUUGAGAACUGAGUCGUCGUCGUCUUCCUCAUUGGUUACAGAAAGCACAGUUGAAAGUUGUAGUUCUCAGUGACUGUUACCGGAAUUUGAGCCAUUACAUUACACCAACUUUGUGCUGUGCCAUUUUACGUGCAGCAGGAAGAACAUGAGGAGAACAGAGUUGUUACGCUUCAAAUUGAAUUGUUGACUUGCCAUGUA